CCGAAAGCUGUUCUCGCAAGCUUUUCCGGUUUUCCCCUCGCAGCUCGCGAAAAAACUCAUCUUUUCAGGCGAAAGGUGCGAUUCCUUUGCGCCCCGCGACUCGCCGAGCUCGUGCUCUCCGUCAUCGCCGGGAGAAGAGGCGUUCCUGCAUCCAAACGGGAAGAAGCAAACUCGCUCGCGCCCUUUUUUUCCGCGGUUCAUAUACCGGCUGCGGGCCGCGGCGGGCUCACACAACCACAGUGCCGCUGCUCAGAUCUAUGCAGGAGAGGGAGAUAGAGGAACCCGGAGCCGCGCGCCGCGGGAUGGGGCCCGCCAUCGUCGCUGGCGAGGAUAGGGGCUUGUCCGAGCUCCGGAGAAAACAUAGUGCGGACCUCAAGAGACUAACAAUGACGUCGCAACCAUUUAAGACAUCAGCAUUCUUUUUGUUAGCCAUUGCUCAGAGUUCGGGAAGAACAUGGUCAUCUGUUCUGAAGAAAGGUUCUUGGUUGAAAAUUGUAGUUCUUUCGAUUGUUGCUACCUGGGGUCUGCUAUUGUUCACUGAUGGCCCGCAUGAAAAGCAUGUACAGGAGCUACUUUGGUAUGUCAGAUUUGGACUGUGGUGGAUCAUACUAGGGGUCGCUUCAUCCAUUGGAUUCGGGUCUGGUUUGCACACUUUCGUAUUGUAUUUAGCUCCCCAUGUUGCCCUAUUUACUAUCAAAGCAGUUCAGUGUGGCAGGGUUGAUUUAAAAAGUGCUCCUUAUGACACGAUUCUCCUUAAAAGGAUGCCAUCAUGGUUGGACAAAGACUGUCUUGAGUUUGGACCCCCUAUAUAUCAGGAAACAAUUCCAUUCAGCAAAAUACUGCAGAAAGUUUAUCUCGAAGCUGUUCUUUGGGGCAUUGGAACUGCACUUGGAGAGCUUCCUCCAUAUUUUCUCUCAAGAGCAGCUACCAUGUCAGGCUGCACAAUAGACGAGUUACAGGAUUUCAAUGCUCCCGUUACAGAAGGCUUCCCAUCCUUGACUUUACAUCGGGCCAAGCAAUGGAUCUUGUCUCAUUUUAGCUUCAGUAUAAUCUUGAUACUUGCUUCGGUGCCAAACCCUCUGUUUGAUUUUGCUGGUAUGCUGUGUGGACAAUUUGGCGUACCUUUCUGGAAGUUUUUUCUAGCAACCUUGAUUGGAAAGGCUAUUAUUAAAGUUUCUAUCCAGAUAACAUCAGUGAUUACUCUCUGCAACAACCAACUUCUUGAUUUGGUGGAGAAAUGGGUUAUAUGGGCAUUUGGCUUUGUCCCUGGAGUGGCAUCCGUCCUUCCCUCUUUAGUUGCCAAGCUGAAGACAGCCAAGGAUAAGUUCUUAUCAGCUCAUGUUGCUGCAUCAGCUUCUAUUGCUGUGAAGGGAAAGUGGAAUCUGUCGUUCACAUUGAUCUGGAACACUGUCAUGUGGCUCAUGGCCAUAAACUUCAUUAUCCAGAUAGUUACUUCUACUGCACAGGGUUAUCUCAGAACACAACAGGCUCUGGAGAUCAGUAAAAAGUUGUUAGAGAUCGAACUUUCUGCCUCUGAACCUUCUUCUGGCUAAUCGAAAUGAUUCAGCCUGGGUAUUCAAUCUGAUUUCUUCAUUUGUGUGUAUACUUGUAUGAAGUUUAGUGAGGAAACUUGCAUGAAGAAUGUGUUAACUGAUUUGGGAAAUUCAAAGUAUUGUCACCAACAGUCUGGUGCUACUAUUCUUCAGGGAAGAGGCAUUGAUACAUUGUACAUAACCACCACACCAACAGUCUCCUGCACUAUGCGGAGCACUACUAAUUGCAGUAUUUCAUUCAAGAACCCGAAAAGAGAAAAAUUUACCAGUGCUGAUAAUGUAAUGCUACCCAGCUACAAUUGUGGGCUUUGUACAUAGCAACCAAGAUAUUAAGUGAAAAAGGAAGGAAAAAAUAUCAAUUA